ACUGGUACAACUGCAUUAUUCUUCGCAGCUCAAGGUGGUUAUUUAGAGGUUGCAAAAGUUUUAAUCGAGGCCGGCUCACCUAUUGAUUGCCCUAGCAUAGAUGGAGGUACGCCUCUCUUCGUAGCCAGCCAAUGCGGUCAUUUGCACGUCGUCAAAGAGUUACUAUGCAUGGGCGCCAAUGUCCACGCCGCUAUGACCGAUGGGGCAACCCCGUUGUUCGUGGCGGCUCAAAAUGGGCAUGCAUCGACCGUGGCGCUAUUACUUGCGGGCCGCGCAAGGGCCGAGGCCCAGAGGUCUGACGGCGCAACCGCGCUCUGGAUCGCCAGUCAAUGCGGACACGAUCACGUUGUGAGAUUGUUACUUAAAGAGGGAGCGGAUGUUAAUGCAACUAGACAUGAUGGGGCCACUGCAUUGUUUAAGGCGGCUCAUAAGGGUCAUUUCGCGGUUGUCGAGGAACUCUUAAAGUACAAACCAAAUUUAGGGCUACUACCGAAUGGUGAGACCGCCCUGCACGGCGCAUGCCUCUUCGGCCACCUGACAGUGGUAAAACUGCUGAUAGCAGCUGGUUGCGACCCGACUAUAUGUAAUCAGGACGGUGUCACGCCACUAGAACUCGCUAAAGAACACCGUUGGACUGAUGUCGUUCAAUAUUUAAGUAAAAAACUAUAA